AUGGCCCCUCGUGGGCUCCCGUCCUUCUUCAAGAUCUUGCUUGACCGUUCUGCCCCUCACCUGGAAUUGCCACCUGGUUUUGUCCACAAGCACUUGGAGAAGAAGAUCCCUGAAAACCCAAUACUCCUAUCAAGAAAUGGAGGGUAUGAAUGGAGAUUAAAGAUAAAAAAAGAAGGUGAAAUUUACUACUUUGCCGAUGGAUGGAGUGACGUAGUUGAAGAUAGCGACUUGGGAUUUGGGGAUUUUCUUGUCUUUUGGCUUGUUGAUGAAUCCACCUUCAAACUUUCAAUUUUCAGUCCAAAUGGGUGCGAAAAAAAUUUCCCCUUAAAAAUCCAGGAUGAACAUGAUGACAUUGAAGAAGAAGAAGAGAAAGAGGAAGGAGAAAAUGAUGAUAAUUAUGAGGAAGCAGAGAAAGAGGAAGAAUCUGAUGAAGAAGAAGAAGAAGAAGAUGAUGAUAAUUAUGAUGAUGAUGGUGGCAAUGGAGUAGAAUAUGAGGAAGAUGAGGAUGACGAUGGCGGUGAUAUUGAUGGGGAUGACGGGAAUCCUUUCUUUAUGAAGAUUAUAUCUAAAGACAAAUAUACUUUGCGGAUUCCGUUGGAAUUUUCACGGUUGACCGGAUUAAAAGCAAGAAAAACAUUAAAUAUGAAGAAUCUUGACGGGAAGGAGUGGCCGAUCAAGUUGCUUUCAGAGGGCCGUAACUAUACAAGAUACUAUUUGUCAGCAGGGUGGAGUAAAUUUCUGCGAGCUAAUGAGUUAUGUGAAGGAGAUAAAUGUGUAUUUAAGUUUCUCAGAAGCGAAGAUAAGUUUUGUCUAUCAAAAGUCACCAAGAAAAGUGAAGUUUUGGAGAGGAGGCCAAGAAGGCAGCCGCCACGUCUGGUGGUAGAGCAGCCAGCGGGAAAAGUUCCGGCGGCUCAAGUUUCAAUGAGAUCGACAGGGCGGCCGCCACGUGUGGAGGUACGUCUGGAGGUGGUCCUGGGUUUAAAAGCGUGGUCCACAGACGAGAUGGAGAAGAGACCACAUGGAAGGCCAUUUAAGAAGAAAUGA